AUAAUGCUGAGUGUGAAGAAAAAAAUGCCAAUGAAAAUAAACAAAGUACAGAGGAAAAUAUUUCCAAAGCUUUACCCAUGAAACUACAAACACCCAAAUCUUCACAGAGAAUAUAUCAGUCAGUCAAAAAGCAAAAUGAAAUGUCUCCCUUUAGUAAACUCUAUGAGAAACUGAAACAUGACAUUAAAGUGAAAAAUCCUCUGCACGAGGCAAAGGUAUCUCAACAAGCUGCAAAAGGAGAUGGUCAGAGUGUUCUGCCACAACCAAGGGCUCAGAUUUCAUCAUCAAAUUGUGUGUAUGGUCUGGGAAGCCUGACUAAAGAAAAAGAAUUAGGCAGAAGUGAAAAUAUUGAAGAAUGUAAAAUAAAAAUACAGGAGGGAACAAUCAAUUCUGAAUUUAAUCAGAUCUCAGCUGUAGGAAGUGCCACCAAGAAGAGUUUUACCAGAAGUCCUCGAACUUCUCUUUCAAAGGAGGUGUCAAGAGAUACUGGUAGAAGAAGUCACUUGCAGGAUCAUAAGGAACUAAGUACGGGAGGCAAAUCUGAAGGUGCUGAAGUUACCACCAAACCCAGUAAGGAGAAGGUUGGAAAUUCUCCAGCGUUUUCACUGAAGCCCUGCUCUAUAGAAUGCUUGGGCUCAGGUGACAUGAAAAUACACAGCUCUGCAGUACUAUCAGAUAAACGACCACAAGCAACCAACAUGACAAGUGUUUCUGAAGGAGAUAAAUACAUCCUGUCUACACCAACGCCCAGAAGGAAGAGCCUUCGGGCUCAAUUUGUGUCACCUACCGAAGAAACCAGUGGGAUGGAGCCUGUAAAUAAUACUGCUCCCAUAAUUCGACGACGUGUGUUACUGAAACUUAAGUCUUUAUCCGAAAUUUCAGCUGAAACUCCAAGGGAAGGUUCAGUGUGUGGAAGUGAUAACUUCAAACCACCGCCUUCGUCAGAAGAGAAAUGCUUAAAACAAAGACAAGAUACUACACAAGAUACACCAGGAAAACCUGGAAAAGAAGAAAUGCUGAAAGAAAUUUCCGAUCAGGCAAACUUUGUUAACUCAAAAGAGGGACAGUUUGAAACUCCGACUUCUUUUUCUAAUUCCAAGAGUCCCAGGAGAAGUAACAGGCAGAGUAAAGAAUUAUCAAACAAAAGUGUCCCUUUGGAGACACUGGCUUCAGAGGAGUUGUCAUCAGAACAGGCAUCUCCUGCUGGUCAGAAACCUGGCUCUGGAAGAAGGAGGGGCAGGCCAAGGAGCUCUGGACUGCUGACUGAAGAAGCAUUGGAGACAAAUGCCAGCCAGGAGCUUGGAGGUGAGACCACAGAGAGAAAAGACAGUGGAACUGAGGAAGAGCCGGCCACAAAGAUGUGUCAGCAGGCAGAGGAUGUAGAAGGUGCCAGUGCUAAAAGACCUCGUAGGUUGUCAUCAAAGAGAAGGUCUUCUGGAUGUGCUAGUCCAAAAAGCAACGUGGCUGUCUCAGAAAUUAAUAUUCCUGGCCUGUCCACUGCUGAAGAAUCAGGCAAAACAAAAAGGACACCUCAGAAGAGGAAAACCGACGGUUUGUUACUUCAGUCUUUAGGAAAAAGAAAAAGAGUGUCUUUUGGUGUUCAUCUAAGUCCAGAGCUUUUUGAUAAAAGUUUGCCUCCCAACUCCCCCCUUAAAAGAGGCGCGAUUCCCGCGAGGCUGAGCUUGCCGUUUGGACAUUCGCCACGUGCCGUUCUCAAAAAGGCUCAGGGGUUGAAGAACUUUGCAGCCCAGAAAGGAAAAGUGUCACCAAAAAGUUCACCAGCUCAGAAGUCUCCAGCUUCCUCAUCCCCUGCCUCUAGGAAAGCAACACCUACACUUGCUCUGGGCUCUCCAACACCUUACAAAAAGGGACGUUUCUCCAUUUCUCACAUCACAACACCAUCACCAGAUGCAGGAGACGUGAAUACAAAGGGGAAAAAUGGUUCCCCAGUGAAAACACGUAAAUCUUCUCACCUUAACCAAGAUGAUAAAACCUUAAUGGCUAAACCUGCCAAAUUAAGGAGAAGCACACAAUUUGAUUCUAAGGUCACGCCCAUGAAGAGGAAGAGUGGGGCUGCAGCAGUUAUCAGUGCAAAGAGAAGAAGUGGUGCCUCUAGUGCCAACUUACUAGUUGCAAAAUCUUGGGCGGAAGUGGUAAAAUUAGGUAUUGCAAGAUCACAAUCAAAGACUGUUAAAAAAAGUGUCCAAAAGGGAAGAUCCCUUAAGAAGACAACCCAGUCAGCAAAGACUCCAGAGAGAAAAAUAAAAGGUCAUUUUAGUACAGGUCAUGCGGAGUCACCUGCUACAAUAGUUGUAGGUAAAGCUUAUUCUACCACAGUGAGAACAGCUGCACAGGUGCCUAAAGUGGUAAGAAAUCCCAUCUCGAAGCUCGAUAUGAAAAUGGACGAAAGCUUCACAGGAAUGACUGAAAUGUUUCAAACGCCAAAAACUAAGAGUAGAAAGACAUCACCUGCAGCCAGUGUUCGGAAGACUGAUUUUUCACCAAUAUAUGUUGAUGUGGAAAUGUCUGAAUUGCACACCCCUGAGGAGUCUGGUGAGAUGAUGGUGUCGCCAUUAAAUAGUUCAGAUGCUUCAGAACAGAAACAAGAUAGCCCACGCCUUUGUCACGUUCUGAGAGAGAGGGGACCUCUGAACUCUAUGUUUGAUGCAACAUCCACAAAAACUCCUGAAACAAGAAAAACUAGGCUGGAAGAAAAUAGUAGUGUGGCUGGUUUGCCAAUAAUGCCAGAAAAGCGAGUGUCUCUGAAAUUGGGAAGUCAAAGGAGGACUCCAAAGCAGAAGCUGGAGUCAGUUGAGGUCAUGUCAGGCAUCAAGCAGCUUUUUAGGACACCAGAGCAAAAGUCAGAGCCAGCUGAGGUUCUAUCAGGCAUCAGGUGUCUCAUGAGAACCCCACGGCAGAAGGCAGAGCCAGUCAAGGUUCUAUCAGGCAGCAAGCAGCUGAUGAGGACCCCACAGCAGAAGCCAGGAGAUGAGGUCCUGUCAGACAUCAAGGGGCUCUUCACAACCCCACAGCAGAAGCCAGAAGAUGAGGCCCUGUUAGACAUCAAGGGGCUCUUCACAACUCCGCAGCAGAAGCCAGAAGAAGAUGAGGUGCUGUCAGACAUCAAGGGGCUCUUCACAACCCCACAGGAAGAGUUAGAACCUGUUAGAGAUGAAAUUGCCCUUAAAAGAUUGCUGAAGACUCCAGUACAAAAAACAGAAGGAGUAAAAGAUGUGGUGGGUGUUACUUCAAUCAAGAGAACUCCAAAGCUGAAAUAUCAACCAGUAGAAGACAUGAGUGGGGUCAGCUGUAUGUUCAAGACACCAAAGGAAAAAGCCAAACCUGUAGAAGAUGCGUUUGGUAUCAGUAGACUAGUGAAGACUCCGAGAGAGAAGUAUGAACCAGUUGAUGAUUUUGUGGGUCUGCAGAGGCUUCUGGCAGAACCCAAGGAGAAAUGUUGUGAUAUUGAAGAGGACUACGGUGGAGUUAAGGAAAUGUUUGAUAUUCCAGAGGAAACUCAGGUCAGAUCAGUAAAUGUUACAGAUCCUAAACAAGACGCUGCACCUCCUUGCACUUAUUCCAGUCAUAAAUUUGAAGACAAAGGUGAAGAUUCUCAACAGAAAGAAUCAACUAGUGAAGACCAAUCUACCCAGAGACCAAUGAGGGGCAGAUCACGGAAGACAGUACAUCCUACUUCAGCAAAGCAGUGUGAAAAGAAUUUGAAUUUAAAAGAAUUGCAAGGUCUGGAAAACAAGAGCACCCAAGAGGAGAUGGGAGGGGUCAGUAAUUCAACUCCAGGAGCUAAAAACAAAGGAAGAGGAAGGAGAACGAACCGUUGCAUCCAGGAUGAAAUUGUUUCAAAGCACCCUGAUCAGGAAAAAGUUGAAACUGUUUCAUUUGUGGAACCACGUGGAGCUACUCAAAGAUUGGGAAGAGGUAAAAGGAAAGAAAUGAAUCUUGAGUCACGUGGCAAAGAUUCUUCAGUGCUACAAAAAGAACCUGCAAAUAUGAAACAUGCCAUCGGUGACCUGUUAGAAACUGAAGAUGAUCCAACCAUGAAGACAGUACCUGUAUCUAGUAGCGUUCAAAAAAGUCAACUGCAAGCAAGUUUAAAAACACCUGAAAACAAACCUGAUGAAGGUGCUGUAGAAGACAGUGAAGAAAUGCUGCUGCCACCUGCCAAGAGAUCUAGAGGAGUAAAAAAAGUAGAAAACACAGAACCACUGUUUUCCCCUAAAAGAGGAAGAAGAGCUAGAAAUGACCAAAUUAAACAAGUUCCUUCAAAGGAUCUUCAUGGGACAACAAGAAAGCUUCGCAAAGACCCAUCAGUGAAGACGAUACAGAGAGGUGAACGAGCUUUUGACAAAGAUCCUGAGACUCCCUCAGCAGAGGAAUCUGAAGGUGAAAUAAAGACAACAGAGAAAAGAGUUAGGUCUUUAAGAAGUGCCAGAAAUCACUCAACUGAAGUAAAAGGAGACAUUAGCAGGAUGGCACUUGAAAAUACACAGAACAUUCAGAAAACUGAGGAACCUUCAACUGAAACUGGUGCUGAAACACAGUCACACGUCGAAAACGAGAUUCAGAUAUCUCAGGGAGAUGAAACAGAAAAUGCUCAGGGAAAUACAACAGAGGCAUCUCAAAAUUUAAAGGCAGAGUUAUGUUCUGGAGAGACCAACAAAAUGCCAGUUACUGCUCUGAACCUGGAAGCAAGAAGUGCAGUACAAGAAAGAAACAGAGCUAGAAGCAGAAGAGGCAAAAAUUACUCUUUGAAGGAAAAGUCUGAUGAAUUUGAAGAUCUAAACAACCUAGAAAGAAUUUCUCCCAAAUUUAAGUCAGAAACAGAAAUGGACAGAUCUUCCCUCAAAGAUUCUUUGAGCUCAGUUUGUGUCCAGAAUACUUACCAAGUCAUGAAGAACCAGAAUGACCCAGCUGGCACAUCACUACGUGCCACAAACAGUGGCAGCCUUGCUCAGAGCCGUCAAAAGCGGACAGGAAACGGACAGGGAAUACUUAAACCAAAGCAAACAGAAAUCCUGCAAGAGAAGAGAGCACUAAACAGUAGAAGAGGCAGAGGUAGAAAAGUUGAUUUCAAACUGGAAGAAGCUAGUUCCAAAACUGUUGGAGACAAAAAGAGUUUACCUGAGGGUGACAAAGGAAUGACUGAUCAAGAUGGUCAACGUAAGGCUUCAGAAAAUCCCUCUUCACAAGUAAAGAGGAGCAGAGGAAAGCGAGUAGAUUCCAUGCUUCAAAUAGCUUGUUCUGCCUUUAUGGAAAAACAAACAUUAAUUGCAGAUCAUGGUAAAGAUGAGGCUUUUGUAAAAAAACAAGAUUCAACUUUGGAAGCUACUCCUUCAACAGAAGACAAUCCACCGAGACGAGGGAAAAGACGAGAGGUUGCUGCAGCAUCACAAACAUCUCAGUGUCUUUCUACCAGGAAAAGACGUAGGUUGCUAGAAGGUGAUGAUAACAACAUGACUGUGAGAGAAGAUAAGAGUACUGAUGAAGAUCAAAAUAUGCCUUUGGAAACAGUGUCCUGUGCAGAAAAGAAGCCACUUGGAAGGGGCAGAAGGAAGGAAAAUGCUCUGGCAUCACACACAACUCGUAACAUUUCUCUUAGAGGAAAAUGCAGUUUGCCAGCAGAUAGUGGUAGUGAACAACAACAGAGUAUGUGUGUGAAAACAGCUCCAUCUGCAAAAGAAAAUCCAUCAAGAGUGGGCAGGGGGAAAAGAAUUCCUUCCAAAUCCGAAGAAAUGAGUCCCACUUCUCUCAGGGCAAAACCUGGCUUGCCCAAAGGUAGAGUUCAAAAGAGGAUUCUUAAAGAAGGUGAAGAUACAUCUCUAGAAAACAAUUCAUCCCAGGAAAAAACAUGGCAAUUGAGGAAUAAAAGGAAAAAGGCAGAAGUCACAUCAAAGGCAGCUGCUUCUGUUUCUAACUGUAAAAAUGACAAGGCUUUGAAACCUCGGAGUGUGCGUUCGACAUCCACUGGUUCUGAAAAAAAUCAGCAGUCGGGAAGAGGAGAAGAGGGGAACCCAAUACAACGGGCAGCUCCUGCUGCUCUCAGAAGAAAAUGUCUGUUGCCAGCAGAUGACUUAGCAUCCAAGAAAGUAAAACCAG